AUGACGUAUCAAAAUCAAGAAUACCUCGUAUCAGAGUCUUCACAACCACAGCAAUCCUAUUCCGAAAGAAGAAUAUUUGACAAUCAUAAUAAUCGUUGGUAUCAUUCUCAUCUUCCCUCGGCACAAUCUCUUCAUAUUGAAUGUAAAGCUGAAGAACGACAUUUUAUCGGUGACACAUCUCCAUAUUAUAAUAUUGACUCCUCUUUAAAACCUAUCCGUUUUACAAUGAGUGAUCAACUUGAACCAGUACAAUUUCGUUCAGAAAUUAUUGUUCACAAUAAUACUGACACAGAUUUACAUAUAAAAAGACUUCGUGUUGCUUUUCAUUAUCAUGAUGAUACACCAACAAAUGCUCAAUUAAAUAAUCGUGCAAUAUCAGCGACAGAAUCAACUAGACGUAGUCAUUCAGUAGAUACGCCAAGAUCUUCAUUACCACAAAGACAACAACAAGAACAACAACAGCAGCAGAAAGAUAAUGAUUCAAGAAGAAAAUUUCAAUCAGCAACAUCAUCACAAUCUAAAUUACUACAUCGAUGGAUUGAUGAUAUUUGUUCGAAUGAUGAAUUAAUGAAUAAUGAUGAUAUUGUAUUUUUUAUUAAAAAUGGUGAAUUCUUUGCUAGAAUUUAA